AUGAUAUACGAGUCGUCUUCGGAUGAAAACAAGGUCAUGAAGAGCAGAGCCACAGCGGACGCAUGCCGAGGUACAACACUCGCCAAAUCCCAACAAUAUCGACCUGCAAUAAUACAAGAAGAGCGACUCCGACGAAUUUCCAAAGCACAGGAGGAAGAACUGAGAUGUUCGAUGCUUAAGGCCAUCCUCAGAAGAGAAACUACGAAAAUGAGCUACAAGGAAGCUCGAGACGCGUGGAAAUGGUCUGACAAGUUUGUCCUAUCCAGCGAUAACAUACUCUACUAUGUGGGCCCAACUCGACGUAAGUCGGAAGAUGACCAACCGGAGUUGUCGUUGAGACUUGUAGUACCGACAACUAUGAUCCAAGAAGUGCUGCAGAAUUGUCAUGUCUCUAUUGAAGGAGGGCAUCAAGGUGUCGUUCGAUCGUAUCAGAGGGUAAAGCAUGACUACUACUAG